AUGGAGGGCACCAACACCCCUGUCACUAAAUCUGCAGCUGCCAAGUUAGUUAAGAGAAAUUUCCUUGAGGCUCUAAAGUCAAAUGACUUCGGAAAAUUGAAGGCCAUUUUAAUCCAAAGGCAAAUAGAUGUGGACACAGUUUUUGAAGUUGAAGAUGAGAAUAUGGUUUUGGCAUCUUAUAAACAAGGUUAUUGGCUGCCUAGUUAUAAAUUAAAGUCUUCCUGGGCAACAGGCCUGCAUCUCUCUGUCUUGUUUGGUCAUGUGGAGUGUCUUCUGGUGUUACUGGACCACAAUGCUACAAUCAACUGUAGACCCAAUGGGAAAACCCCCCUUCAUGUGGCUUGUGAAAUGGCCAACUUGGAUUGUGUUAAAAUCCUCUGUGACCGUGGAGCAAAGCUGAAUUGCUACUCCUUAAGUGGACACACAGCUUUACACUUCUGUACAACUCCUAGCUCCAUUCUCUGUGCCAAGCAAUUGGUUUGGAGAGGGGCCAACGUGAACAUGAAGACGAACAACCAGGAUGAGGAGACGCCCUUGCACACAGCUGCCCACUUCGGCCUCCCUGAGCUGGUGGCCUUCUACGUGGAGCACGGUGCCAUCGUGGACAGUGUGAACGCCCACAUGGAGACCCCGCUGGCUAUCGCCACCUACUGGGCCCUCCGCUUUAAAGAGCAAGAGUACAGCAGGGACCACCACCUCAUCUGCCGCAUGCUGCUGGACUACAAAGCUGAGGUCAACGCCAGGGAUGACGACUUCAAAUCUCCCCUGCACAAGGCAGCCUGGAACUGUGACCACGUGCUCAUGCACAUGAUGCUGGAGGCUGGUGCGGAAGCCAAUCUCAUGGAUAUCAAUGGCUGUGCUGCCAUUCAGUAUGUGCUGAAGGUCACCUCUGUGCGCCCAGCUGCCCAGCCUGAGAUCUGCUACCAACUGCUGUUGAACCAUGGGGCUGCUCGAAUAUACCCUCCACAGUUCCACAAGGUGAUACAGGCCUGCCAUUCUUGUCCCAAAGCAAUCGAAGUUGUAGUCAAUGCCUAUGAACACAUCAGGUGGAACGUGAAGUGGAAAAGAGCCAUCCCAGAUGAUGACUUGGAGAGAUACUGGGAUUUUUACCACUCUCUCUUCACUGUGUGCAGUAACUCUCCGAGGACUCUCAUGCAUUUAUCGAGAUGCGCCAUUCGAAGAACGUUGCACAACAGAUGUCACAGAGCAAUUCCUUUGCUUUCCCUCCCAUUGUCAUUGAAAAAGUACUUGCUUUUAGAGCCAGAGGGAAUCAUUUAUUAA